CUACUGAAGAAACCUUCAUGUCCGCUUGUGCUCAUCGGUGUUCGCGAAGUGGGGGCUAUCUGCCAAAAAAUGGAAGAUGAUACGUCGUCGUCGGGUCCCACAGCUAGGACUGUGGGCUUCAACGAGUAUCUAUACGACAGCCUAGACAAUACUACCUUCGGUCAGCAGAUAUUCUCUACGAAAGACGGCAUUUUCGAUGACUCCAACGACGGCCAGAACGCUGCCGAGGACCUGGGUAUCUUUGGUGAAGAAGACCACGAAAACGAAAAUGCGGGGUAUAUUCAGCACACCAUAUCGGCUGACCAGAUCUGCAUGCAGAUCAAUCCAGGCAACAGCCCGAUGCCAAAAAACCCAACCCACGCCACACUGACUAUUCAGAGCCUGAACCAAGAGACUCGAAAACGUGAGAUAAAGCGCUUUCGGUGCAACUAUGAGGGCUGUAAGCGCACCUACAGCACGGCAGGCAACCUUAAAACACACCAGAAGACUCACACUGGCGAGUACACCUUCGUGUGCGCGCAAGAGGGCUGUGGCAAGGCUUUUCUCACCUCGUAUAGCCUCAAGAUCCACUUCCGGGUACACACGAAUGAACGACCGUACGAAUGCCACAUCUCAGGCUGUGAAAAGACCUUCAACACUCUCUACAGGCUGAAGGCCCACCAGCGAAUCCACACAGGAGAGACGUUCAACUGUGGCCAGGACGGCUGCGUGAAAAUCUUCACCACCCUGAGCGACCUCAAGAAGCACACUCGCACUCACACUGGUGAAAAGCCUUACAGGUGUGACGCAGAUGGGUGUGGGAAGUCAUUUGCCGCUAGUCAUCACUUGAAAACCCACAUAAGGACCCACACAGGGGAGAAGCCCUACCUCUGCACACAGGAUGGCUGUUUGAAAACAUUCACGACGCAGUACAGCCUCAAGACUCACGUUGCAAGGCAUGACCGGAUACAGGGUGAUGAGGGUCAGGUGGUGACGUUUCACUUGGACGGCGUGGACGUCGACAUCGAUGACCCCUUAGAGGGGACUGCAGACUGUGAGGUGGACGAUAGUACGGCCCACAUGAUUCUCAACACCAUGGUGGGCACGACAGCAGCCGAGCCAAGUCCUGGCAACGGCGGACUAGUCAGCGUUCCCAUUCAGGAAGUGGAUGGCAGCAGCUCUGCCCUUCGAGCCUAUGCCAUGAUACCCCUGGACAUUGUGAGUAGUGGUUCCGGACAGAGUGAUGCAUCGCCUAAGGUUGCACAAGUGCUGCUGCCGCGGACACUUACUGUUGACUUGGCGACGCAAGUUGGCAAGCCAGAAGCAACAGUGGCGGUAGAUGACUUGGUGCCAGAUGUGGAAGUCGUGAUGCCUACAGUGGUGCCCACUGUGUUGCCGGCAACUGUUCACGUGGAUGAUCUGGACAUCUUGGGCAUCUCGGCAUCAGAGGCGGACAUAUGCAACUGCCCGGACAAACAGGAAUGCGAAAAUGGGAACUGCAGAAAUUGCCCCAGCAAAGUGAUCAGUGUCUGCUGUUCCCCGGACAUUCUCGCCAACACUCAAGGUCAAGAUGGUGUAGGUGUACCAAGAGCUGCUGCUGACGGUUUGACAGAACGUGCCGGCCAUCGGGCUUGCUGCUUAUAACACCGGCUUUUUUCAUUUGUGCUUCAGGUUCCGAGACUUAAAAAGACAAAACAUCUUAAAUCUAGUGCUGACAGUGAACAUGUUUGCAGGAUUUCUUGCCUUGCCUUAGAGGAGCUAGUAGGGUUUCCUAACUGUACAGCACCAGUUCAGUUGACUGGCAUCCUGCCAAUUUUCAUUCGGCAGUGAUUGUUUCAAAGUAGGGCAAGGGUAAUAUUUCAGAGGUUUUUUUGGGCCUAAUGCUAGCGUUGAUUGCUCUCCCCAACAAUUGUAUAACUGCUUUGUUCUGGUGCCUUCUUUGUGGAAGCCGAGGCAAGUACCUGCAGCAUGUUGCAGGUACCGCAAGUACCUUGUGGUAUAAGUGAUAGAAUGGUCCCAUUCUAUGGUUGAUCAUUUCCUGCCCACCUCUGUUUAGGGCAUGUACAUUUUAAAAGACACAAUUGUUAGUGAGCAGCAGCACUUACUCUGAGCAGGCACCUCUUAGGUAAAGGGCGCACUGGGAAGUGAAAGCCAAGUGCAUUGGUAGGGUGUGGAUUGGCGACCUGCAGGUUUUGUACUUUCUCUUAGCAAAGACUGCACAUAACUGUCUUGUCUUGGCUAAAACAGUGUGGGCCCCCUUCAUCUGUUUAAUUGGCAUGAUUGGAACCAGUUCAGAGCAUUCACCGAUUGAGCACCGACUUACUGAAAGAAAUGUGCUGUGUGCUCAACGUGCUCACGACAGGGAAUGAACUUAUAACUUCUGCUCAAAUAAGCUUUUUUUGAACAAUAGAUAGCGCCUUUAUUAACACUUCUUGUUAUUGAUUCUAGACUUGUGAUCGACUUCUUUUAUAGUGCUGAUGGCUUAGAUUAAUUUUUUACGUAGUCACUUGUUUCGUGAAAAUAAUAUAGCUUAGUACAUUGGGAUUCUGAGGUGCUGAUUAACAAACGAGGCUUUUGGUUGAGAGUUGCGGCCACAAAUAGAUGAAGUUGUAGUUUCUCAACACACAGUCUUAGAUUGGAGAAUGCUUCUUCAUUAAGGUGCAUAUUCAACCACAGCUUUCUGGGCAUUAGGAUUUGUUUUUAGCAGAUUUUUUUUCUACUACUGUUCAGACGAAUUGAGGUGAGUGUUGGGUGAGUGAACGCUACAUAUCCAGCAUGCUGUUUUUUACCUGCAAAAUUUAUUUGUAUUUUCUUUUAGAUAUGUUAUUUGUGCCUGCAACAAUCAUCUUUGGAGUGAAGGUAGUACCUUGAAAUGGCCACUUCUAUACAAAGCGAUUUUGCUUGUGAAGCUAAAAGCUGUUCUUUCUGUUGCUCUUAAAGCUUUUAACUUUGUCACGAAUAUGCCCAAAUUUUGAGCGCAGCUUUUGUAGUGCGCUAUGUUUACAAACUAUCCUUUCUUGGCGAGGGGGGGGGGGGGGGGGGCUUGUUUUAGAACCUUGAAAAAGAAACUUUAAGAUUGGUUUUAACAAACAACUUUAAGAGCAGCUCGAGGCAGCAUGCCAGAAGAUGUCGCACUGCCGAACACUUUACCGUUUGCCAUACAAGCCAAGGUAUUUCACAGGAAGUAGGUAUAUCGUAGAGCAGUAGUUGAUAUCAUUCCGAAGAUAAUUUCUUUUGAUAGUGCUAUGUAUACAGAGUAUUACAAAGUGUAUAAAGCCACACAUAGUGUUAUUGAAAGGGAAAAGUACUAUAAUAUGACUCAUGUGAUGACCGAGUCUAUUGUGAAGAGCUUUUGCAAGUGUAGCUAAGCUGAGCAGUGCCCCCCGAGCGAUGUGCACUGUCAGCAUCCUACUAGUACGUCCCACUGUGAUAGUGGAUGGGUCCCAUUCUUGGUAAGCUGUUGUUACUGAUCACUAGCUAAAUCUUUAACUAUCAAGUGCUUGUGUUGAAAGGCCUUAGUCACUUUUUUUAAUGCACUAUAGUUGUUUUAAAGAUGCUGGUGUGACAGAAAAAAAAAAAAAAGACAGCGUUGUGUGCUUUAACACUAUUCAGUUACUUCAUGUAUUUUGAUCAUGUCUUCACUCUUUGGACCCUGGUAUUUGCAAUCUGGCUUCUUACGAACGCUGGCACACAGUGCAGCAGUCCUUGAAGAUUGCUUAAAACAGUAUGAAAAUCUGACUCAAUAUGUAUUUACCAUGCAGAAUCUUGCAGUGUGCUGCAGUAAUGUGUUUGUAAGCUUUUGACAGCAUUAUUUUAGUUAAUCAAGACUGCUAAUUGGGCUAGUUGUAAUGUUGGAUUCAUGGUUAUGAAAAUUCAGUGCCAAACACAAGGGAACAAGAAGGAAGUGUAGAAAGUGUAUUAUUUCGGUUACUUGACUUAUCGAGCUUUCUACACUAAAUAUCAAGCAUGCCGUCUCAAUGCACAUAAAGAAACAUAGUGAGGUAUGCAAAAUUUGCUACGAUAUGCACUGAAUUGAGUUUCUUGAUGUUACUACUGGAGAGAAAUGUGGUGCUAGUGUCCCAAAAUGACGGCCACUACAACAUAGAUUUAUCCACUUAUUCUUUAGGGCUUGUAGUGUCCUUGCUGCUUUUUAUAACUUUAUUGAAGCCAAUUCCUCGCUGCAUAUUUGUUGUAUGGGAGUGAUAAACCUCAUUUAGGUGCAAAAUGCUACUACAUCUGAGGAAAAUGAGUAACAACGCUGGAUGGACACCGGGACGUGACUGAGACAGACAAAGCGCCGACUUUCAACCAGUAUUUUAUUGCACACACAGCAAUAUAUACAAGACAGGCCCUUGAAUAGGCAGGAGGGAGAGAACAUAUAGUUUGAAUAUAUUUUCAGAAACAUAGCGAUGAUGGAUAAUGUGAAACUCGCACAACUGAAUGGUUGCCAUCAUCCGUGUGCAAGAUACGCGAGUUACUUCGUGAGGAGCAAUACCAAAGGCACACUCAUGCACAUAUUGCCUUUCUUGUCGAUGCGAAAGGCCUGAUAUAUCUCAGGUGCACACUGGUUACCAUAACACCUUAGUAUUUUAAAUGUCAAACAUUGCACGGCAAUCAUACCGGGAGCUAUGCAUGGCUAGGUGACUGCCAACACACCCUUUCAUUAAAUUUAAAUGUUCUCUGAGGCGGUCAUUAAUACAACAGCCAGUUUGGCUGAUAGGGAAUGACUGCGGUUCUUGCAUGCGAACAUUCCUCUUUUUGAUUGUUGCAUGUGUCACGCCUUAGCUGUUCUAAGUCAUAACAUUCGGCAAUGGAGGACAGCAAAUUUUCCGUGUAGCCUGCCUGGAGUUGACGUGUUUCGUUCCUGCACGACGAAACUAGAACUACUGAAUUUCCCGAUAAUAACAAACUUAGGUUCCUUGACCUUGAACUGUUCUUAUCUGACCAUUCGUGCUGGCAGUAUGCCCUCCGUUCCAAGAAGAGCCUCCUACCUUACAUCUCGGCGCAUUUCAAACUUGUGAAGCAUGCUAUUGCCAAAUGUUGUCUAGGGGCUGCCUUGUUGAGGUUGUGCCUUCACACAAUGCGCUGCAGUUUUAAUUCCCAGGUGCUCACAUUGCGAAUGGCAGGCUACCUGGACAAUUUACUGUCCACCAUUGCCGAAUGUCUUUUAGCAGAUUUAAAACAGCCAAGGCGUGACAAACACAACAAUCAAAAAGAGUAAAGUUCGCAUUCCCUAUUUGCACCAAGUGGCUCAUCGUAUAAAAAAGUAGCGCAUAAAGCAGGCAUUAGAAUUGUUUUCUCAGCAACAAACAAGUUUUCCAUGUGCCCAAAGUGAAUAAGGUAGACACAGGGCCUCAUACCUGUAAUAAGAAACACACAAAAAAGCCUGUUGAUUGCUGCAACACUGUAGCAUAUGAGAUCCCCCUCUCAUGCGGUCGUUGCUACAUCGGCCAAACUGGCCAUUUUACUAAUGACUGCCUUGGAGAACAUUCAAAUUUAAUGAAGGGGUGUGUUGGCAGCCACCUAGCUGUGCGUAGCUUCGGGUGUGGUUGUCGUACAUUGUUUGACAAAUGCAAAAUACUAAAGUACUAGGGUGACCAGCAUACACCCGAGAUAUACAAGGCCUUUAGUAUCGACAGGAAAAGCGAUAUGUGCGUGAGUGUGCCUUUGGUAUCACUCCUGACGAAGGAACUCGUGUGUCUUGCAUGUGGAUGAUGGCAACCAUUUAGUUGUGCUGUUUUCACAUUAUCCAUCGUUGCUAUCUUUCUGACGAUGUAUUCCUACUACAUGUUCUCUCCCUCCUGCCUACUCGAGCCCCUGGAUAUAUUGCUGCGUGUGCAAUAAAAUAUUGGUUGAAAGUCAGCGCUUUGUCUCAGCCACGUCUUGUGGUCCAGUGCUAUUACUCAUUGAAGACAUGUACCAACCAGCCGAUGUUAGCACGUUAUUGCUACUAUAUUUGACUGUUAUCUGUAUCUGAAUGUUGCAGAGAACUAGACUGUUCUGCAUAUCAGAAAAAAAAAUUUCUUCUUGGCAGUUGUUGCAUAUUUAAUAUCAUUAAUAUUUAGUGGCAUGCAUAUUAUUGAUAUUGCUUAUUUAUUUGUUCAAAGUUAUGUCAUAAAACAUUUUUUGCAAGCUUUUUGUUCAAAAUACUCCAAAUAGAAAAAUAAGUUCAGCUGCAUUUGCAAAGUAUUCUGCUAAAUUCAAAAAAGAAAAGGAACGCACUGGUUUCACAGGUAGAGGCUGAGAAGCCAGAAAAGACAUGAAAACAAAAGACAGGUAGCAGUGCUGGUUUAACGUUCACCAGCUUGCAGUGACCAUAUGAAUUUUGACGGUACCUGCUAGGGCACACUUAAUUUUUCAUUGAUAAAGUUGAACUACAUUAUAUCGUAAAGGAGCCACAGACUGAGCUGAGCAAGUUUCAAAAACUAUUACUGCGCUGCACCUGCUCAAGUACGAAAAAAUACAUUGAACAUCGCAAUGUUACUGAUGUAGCAGUGUUGGAAUUUAGCCGCUAAGUGGGGGGGGGAAGAACUUUAGUGUUCGUUUUUUCUCCUAGUAAUCAGCCUUUUUACCAUAAACUUAACGAAUAAUAGAGAUUAGAAAGGGUACUUAAUUGUCUAAACUCGCCAAGUGUUUCUUUUUAGUGUCCAUAGAGGAAUUGUGAGGAAAGCACACUGCACUAUCGAACCUCAGAGACCAAUAAAGAGGUUUUUAUAACACAGUUGUAUCAAUCAGAACGGAAGAAAAAUCUGUGUAGUUGAAUUCAUCAUACCUGCCAGGUUAAACGAUUGCACCGCCACAUUUCCUCCAAGUGGUCUCAAUAUGAAACUGUGGUGUGCGGAAAAUGAAAAGGUGCUUGCAGCUUUGUGGGAGAAGCACAGGACAGCAGUUCGUUUUUGAGACUGCAUAUUAACACCAUACAUGCCACUGCUACCUCUAGUUUCACGAAACCAAAGAAGGUGGAGAAUUAACUUUUUGAGAUUAUACGUGCAAAAUGUUCAUUACAGUGUGCGAUUCUUUAAACAGUGACAUAUCUACCACUCACAGCAGCAGUGGAAACUGAAAGGUUUAUAUUUCAGCAUCAGUACACCUUGUGAAGGGAUAUUGGGGCAAAUAUUAGGCUAAUGUGGGUUGGUAGGUUACAUGUUUGGAAAGCCAACUGAGUGGCUUUUUUUAGCAGAGCUGCUUGUUACAUUUGAACUGACAUGAAAGACGGCUGGCAGUGCGACUGGCUCCAUCUUACCGUAAUGCCAUGGAUUGUUCCAGCAUCUGGCCGAGUCUAGUUGGAUGUUUAUCAGUGAGGCAGGAUUGCACUGGCGUUUGACGAUAAGUUAAAAACCCAGGCAAGCAACAUAUUUAGCAAGUAUUGUGUGGUGGCCUUUUUGGUGCAACCAAAAACCGGCACCUAGCACAAAAGCUCGAGAUGAGGACAUAAUAGAAAGGCCACUUGCUUGCGUCUUUAUUUCGAGGUUCUUGCACUGAACACCAGUGCCGACUAGGGUUCGGAAUAUUACGAAACUGGAAUCGGGCAUGUAAUGCUGGCGUAAAGUUAGUCUCCUCUUUCUGCCCUAAUAAGCUAUUGUCUCAAAACUAAUGGAAAAUGGGAUAUGAAAGAGGUAAUAUAGCUAGUGUAGCCUAUUUUGAUGCUUCACUUUAAGUGGUCUUUGAGAAACAGAAUUUACGCCACCACUGAAGGUACAGCAACAAAUAGCUGCAUUACAUUGAUUUUUUUUUUUUUUUUUACGAUGCGUUUUUUGGGCAUUUUAUUGAAUUUUUCCGCAGAACUUGUUGAUGCUACUUCACAAUGUGGGAGCAUAGCACCUCUGUGUAGGGUUUUUUAACCUGCCGAGGGGAAUACUACAUGGAAGAGGAUGGAAAUAACUGAAGCAAGGCAGGAUUCCUGCCCUACACUGACAUGUGAAUGACACAUCAUCAACAUUUUUGCUAGGUGACCUCUUGUCACUGUCUUCACUUUCUUAGUGACGGCAUCGUCCUCUGGUGCAAGGAAAAAAGAAAUGUGUGGAACUGUAGGUAGAUCUAAUAUUUGCCUUUAGUGUCAUUAAAGAGCAGCAGUGUAGGAUGACCUGUGCAAGAAUAAUCUGAAAUGUAAAUGGAGUGUUGUGUAUACCAAGCCAUCAACAUUGCACACUGUGCUGUUGUGUUCCAUGUGAUAAUCUCAUAACGCUUGCAGGGAGAGUGAAAAAUAGCUUCUUGUGCUCUUGCUUGUGUGGAUGACUCGGGGUUAGAUGCUGCUCAAAGUGCUGGCACUGUGAGACAGCUUCAUUCAUCUGCUGGGCAGCUCAAAGGUGUUAAUGAACAAGUUCCUCUAAAGCUUGCUUAUUAUGGGCACCUUAUAUUCACAUGAAGAACUGUUGUGGAGGUGCAGGAGUUUGUUUGUGACAAGAUUCAUGGGCUUUGGUUUGCCACAUGCACGCCAUUUCUUAGCUCUUGCAGAAAUGCUACGCUGCCGCUCUGAGUCACACACACUGGAGCUCCUUUAUAAUUAUUUGUUGUUGCCGAACAAAAAUGUGAUCAUUACAAGUGCCAACUGCAGUGCAAGGAUUCAAAAUGCUUUGUUUUGUGAGCUUUGGAAUCGCUGUGUUGACAGCUUGAGUUUGUAACAGAAGCAGUAGGGUAUAUACUGUCAUUUAUCUGCCACACUACAUCUGUGACAUCCCGCCCAAAUUACUACAGUAGCUAUGCACUUAGGGUCAUUUCAAGGCGUGUUUCAUCACGCUUGAUAGAACUGAUGAUGCAAUAUGUACAUAAAAGGUGUGCCCUGUGGGCACCUUAUCCACAGAUUGCCUUUUUUUAAUGUUUGCAUGUUGUUCUAUGUGACCGAGUGAUGUUGGAGCGCAUUAUGAAAAGAAAACCUACACGAGAUGAAAUAAACCAGAAAAGCUCUACGAA